AUAAAAGAAGAAUUGUUGGUUUUGUUGCAGUGGCUGUGGUCGUGGCGUUUUUCAUCUGCUGGGCUCCGUUUCACGCCCAGAGGCUGGUGGCGACCCAUGUUUCCUUUCCAUCGAAUGCGGACGACAGGAUAAAGUAUCUGAAGAUAUACGAAGUGGUGACCUACAUCAGCGGCGUCCUCUACUUCGUAUCCACCACCAUAAAUCCGUUGCUCUACAACAUCAUGUCGAACAAGUUCAGGGAUGCAUUCAAGGAGACGUUCGCGCGAUGCUGUCGACUCAACACCGGAAAGCAGAGGACUUACUCGGUCCUCUCUAGGUCUAGGUCCUCAGCGCCACGGGCCACAGAAUCAAACGAGUCUAGAGAUGAGGCUAGUAGCGUUCAAACACACACCUCUAUUACCCACAAAAGCUCCAUAGAUUCCGGCCUAGGCAUGCACAUCACUACGAAAAGACCUAGAAAAAUCGAGUUUCCCAAUAGAUCUGAGGUUUCCAUAACGAUGAUGCCGCUCACAAAUUUAACUCAUAUCUCUCCGAGCACGAAACUGGUCGCAGUUCACGUGAAGCACGCGCCAGAACCGAAUUGGAGGUUUCUCGAGUUCUUCAGAUGUUUGGGGUCGAAGAGGCAGGAACCUGCGAGUCCCGAGUUCAGAGUUAGAACCAAAGAAACGAGACUUUCCGCCGACUCAUUCGACAUCAGCAACAGCAGCUUGAAAGAGGUGGAGGCGGCCUUGCUGAAAGACGAACUCACCACUUACAUGAACAAACCUAGUUCAAUUAACUAAAGUGAACUUUAUACAAAUACUGUGUACAUAUAUAUAUAUAUAGACCUAUAAACCUUAAUGAAUAAUUAGUGAAAGUGAUGAGAGCACGAAUGUUUGAUGAAAGAGAUAUAUUUUGUCUGUCAAUAAAUUUUGAAUUACAAUUCCCGCAA